CUCGCUCUCUCCUCCGCGGUGUGCAUGUAUAAUAUACUCACUACGAAGCGAUUCAGAGCUAAAACAAACAUUUGAAUCUCUUCCGCUUAACAAACUAUCGACUAGUGAGAUAGUGAGCGAGCAAGAGACGAUGAAGACGAGAUCCAGUGAUGUACAAGUAGCUGCUAACAGAGGCGGCAAGAGGAAAGCUCCCGAGGGAGACGAACACGGCAGAGGGAAGAGACGAUCGGUGAAGAGCGACGAACCGAAGAGCUCUCCUCAGAUAGAUAGAAGAUUAGCUCCGAAGAGGACGAUCCUCAGAGGAAUCCAUGGAUGCGUAUCUCCUCGGUGCUCUGCUUCCACUCACCGCUCCAGCUUCUCAUGGUACGAGCAAGAUGCGUGGACAUACAUCUCGAGGUUUUUGGAUGGGAAGUCACUGGUGAUGCUUGGAGCAACGAGCAAAUGGUUUAACAAGAUGGUGAUGGAGGAUGAUGCUAUUUGGAGGUUUGCUUGCUUGCGUGAUCUUCGUGUGCCAAAGCUGUAUCCAGCUUCUUCAAGCUGGAUCAAGAUCUAUGCUUCAGCUUUUGAUGGGAGGAGUCACUCUUACUUGUUCCAUCAGCAGGAAAAGCAUAUUGACUGGAUGCGAAUUGGUGCCUUUACUCUUGACUCUGGAGUGUCACUCUUGACUGAGAAGUUGAGUUCUCCACUGAGAGUUCCAAGGGAAGGAACCAUUGAACGGAUGCUUGAAUCCAGUGGUGGAUGUAUUGUAAAAGACAUCAAAAGCGGUAUUUGGAUUGCAGAUUUACAGCUUGUUCGGUGCCCUGUCUGUGACCUCAGUACCUGUGAUGGAACAAUGCAAACACUGGACGCUAGGCAUGUUGAGCUGUUCUUGAAUGAAGGAUACAAAAAUGGAACUUGGGAAUACAAUCUUAUUGCGUCUCAUAAGUUGCAGAAAGACGCAGUUGCAGCUUGUGGAGCCAUUUUCGAUCUCAAACACCUUAAAUCUUCAUCCUCAGGUAUUCUUAACCUUAAGUCUUGGACCGGAGCUCCAGAUGAUUCCCAACCCAAAGCAAUGAUCGCACCCCACGCAGUAGCUCUUCACACAAGAUUACAAGAAAACGAAGGAAUCAUUGUGAAGUAUCAGACGAUGAAGGCAGGAACUGACGGUGACAUAGUUUCCAUCAGAAUCUCCCAGCAGCUACUCUGAGUUCCUGAUCACAAUGUGUUUAUCCCACUCACACAGACCAUCUUAAGUAUCUCUACAUUAGCCUUUUAUUAUAAAAAGUGUUACAUCGUUACAUAUUUUGCAAGAAUAGUUUGAGAGAUUAUUGAACUUAUUAUAUACAAUCACACGCACCAAUGAUCAAUGUUUCUGUUAUGCCUA